GUUUUGCUCAGAGGGUGCUGUAUGUAGAGGGAAGUCAUCUCGUUCCAAAUCUAGCAGCACCUGUCCCUCCAGGAUAUCUAAACUCUGAGACUCCCAGAAAGUUUCCCCAACUCGCUUCCCUUUUACCCAGGGAAGGGAUGGUGCAGGGACCAUGCUGCUGGAGAAGGGGAAAGUGGAGUCUUCUAUCUGCCUUCAUGAGGAAGGAGUCUCCCAAGGCUUCCUUUCCCUGGGGCCCCUCCCAAUGGCUCAGGGUUUGGAGGGAACCCGUUUAGGUAAUUCCCAGUGCCAAGUUAGAGCCUGAAUAAGGAGAGCCACAUCCACCAGCCUCUCAUCUGAGGAAGAGGGGGCCACAGGAAGGGGGUUAGGAGCUGGUGAUGAGGUGGCCAAAGUGACAUCACUGCAAGGAGGGAGGAGCAGGGCUGUUGGGACAGGAAGGAGGAGGCCUGAGAGGGUCAGGGCCAAGGCUUGCUGGAGUGGAGUCAAAUCCACACUGUCCUCCCCCAAGGUGCCUCAUUCUUGGGUGAUGAGAUCUGGAGGGGGCCAGGAAGUAUGUCCAGGGAGAAAUGACCUUCCCAUGGUCACAGGCAUGCCUAAAGGAUAUGGACACAAGCAGUGCAAUGUGUGCCAUCACACCCUGGUCUCCAUCCCCAGGGCACUUGCGCUCCUGCUUUGCCUGGAAGGGAAACAUCCACCCAAGUCCUAGAAGCUUUGUGUCCGGGGCCUGACCCACUUCCUACGCUGCCAAGAUUCACAGGCAGGGGCUGGGGAUGUGGCUCAGGCGGUGGCGCGCUUGCCUGGCAUGCGUGCGGCCCGGGUUCAAUCCUCAGCACCACAUACAAACAAAGAUGUUGUGUCCGCUGAAAACUAAAAAAUAAAUAUUAAAAAUUCUCUCUCUCUCUCUCUCUCUCCUUCUCUCUCUCUCUAAAAAAAAAAAAAAAGAUUCACAGGCAGAUGAACUGUUGUCCUUAUGCUUAGACUAUGGGCUAAUCAGGUUCUCAGCAGACCAUGUGGGAUGCAGGCUCUGGGCUAUAUACCCUGCCAUGCUCAGUACCCUGGAGUCCAGCCUCGGCCUCCCAGUGAGAUGGCCUACACUGACUGUGAUGCCCUUCUUCCCCAUCCUAGGCACAAACACCUAUGGGUCUCACUUAAGUGCCAGACACCAUCCUAGGAGCUGGCAACAAUCACAGCCCUGACCCUCUCAGUAUUCUUGACUUGCACCUGGCCGCAGAGCUGGGGAAGACCCUGCUGGAGAGGAACAAGGAACUGGAGGAGUCCCUGCAGCAGAUGUACUCCACCAACGAGGAGCAAGUGCAGGAGAUCGAGUACCUGACCAAGCAGCUGGACACACUGCGGCACGUGAACGAGCAGCACGCCAAAGUGUAUGAGCAGCUGGACCUGACAGCCCGGGACCUGGAGCUGACCAACCAGAGGCUGGUGCUGGAUAGUAAGGCCGCCCAGCAGAAGAUCCAUGGGUUGACAGAGACGAUCGAGCGCCUGCAGGCCCAGGUGGAGGAGCUGCAGGCCCAGGUAGAGCAGCUGCGCGACCUGGAGCAGCUGCGCGUGCGCCGGGAGAAGCGGGAACGCAGGCGCACCAUCCACACCUUCCCCUGCCUCAAGGAGCUGUGCACCAGCCCGCGGUGCGAGGAUGCCUUUCGCCUGCACAGCUCCUCCCUGGAGCUGGGCCCUCGGCCCCUGGAGCAGGAGAACGAGAGGCUGCAGACCUUGGUGGGAGUGCUGCGUUCCCAGGUGAGCCAGGAGCGGCAGCGCAAGGAGCGGGCAGAGCGCGAGUACACUGCGGUGCUGCAGGAGUACACCGAGCUGGAGCGGCAGCUGUGUGAGAUGGAGGGCUGCCGCCUGCGCGUGCAGGAGCUGGAGGCCGAGCUGCUGGAGCUGCAGCAGAUGAAACAAGCCAAGACCUACCUGCUGGGCCGGGAUGACCACCUGGCUGAGGCCUUGCUGGCACCCCUCACCCAGGCCCCUGAAUCUGACGAUCCCCAGCCGGGCAUCGGAGAUGACUCUGGUGCCCAGGACGGUGUCUCCUCACCUGCUGCCUCCCCCGGCCACGCGGUGCGUAAGAGCUGCAGCGACACGGCUCUCAAUGCCAUUGUGGCCAAAGACCCAGCCAGCAGGCACGCAGGCAACCUCACGCUGCACGCCAACAGCGUGCGCCGGCGGGGCAUGUCCAUCCUGCGGGAGGUGGAUGAGCAGUAUCACGCGCUGCUGGAGAAGUACGAGGAGCUGCUGAGCAAGUGCCGGCAACACGGGGCUGGUGUGCGGCACACCGGCGUGCAGACCUCGCGGCCCAUCUCCCGGGACAGCUCAUGGAGGGACCUGCGGGGGGGCGAGGAGGGCCAGGGGGAGGCCAAGGCAGGUGAGAAGAGCCUGAGCCAGCAUGUGGAGGCCGUGGACAAGCGGCUGGAGCAGAGCCAGCCUGAGUACAAGGCACUCUUCAAAGAGAUCUUCGCCAGGAUCCAGAAGACCAAGGCCGACAUCAACUCCACCAAAGUUAAGACACACAGCAGCAAGUGACCCUUUUCUGGCCUGCCGCUUCCCCCAGGCUCCAGGCCAUGGGGUCCCUCAUGCCUGGACUACAUAGCCUACAGUGAGUAAGAGAGCCCUUUAGCAGCAAUAUAUCACAGCAGGUGGCCACUCCAGAGGUGCCAGAGGAAGGGGGCCCCUCUGAUCCGGGUACAUUGCAUGUUCCCGGUUGAUGGAACAGCCAACUCGUCCCACCUCCUGCGAGUUCUUGGUCACCAGCUUCAGCCUGAACUCAGUUUCAAAGCCAAACAUUCCCCGCUCCACUGGGGUUUCCCCAGCUCCACUGGCCCUGGCUUCCAGACCCUAGGCCUCACUCUCAGAUCGAUGGCCCAGUUUCUGAAAGCCAUUCUGGAUCAGUUGGCUUCCCCACCCCCAAAGUUCAGUUUUUCUGAGAGAUUUGCAAUGCAAGGUCGCCUUGACCCCUUGCCACAACUGGAAACACUUGAAAGGGGACCCCCAGAGCCAGCUAUUGCUGGUUCCUGGGGUCUCCUGGACCACCCACUGCUUCUCGCCAGCCAUGACUCGCUGUCAUUCCCUUAGCACCAGCUGUCCCUACCCCCAGAGUCCUGAGCAGGUCACAGAUAGCCCCUGCCUUGCAGAGCAGAAAGGCUCAGCCAGGUCCUGAGUGUCCCCCACUCCAACCCUGGCAAGGACCCCUUGCCCAUCGCAGAACUGUAGCCAAUCAGAAGAGGGGAAGAGGGAGCCCCUCGACAGCCAUACAUGAGUGGUACCCUGUUUCCCUCAGCCAGCUUCCUUGAGCUCUAGCCCCAGAAAUGCCUUCUGGGCAUUCAGCCUUCCAGGGGCCGGAUGGUGGAGAGCCCAUGUCUGUAUAUCGCCUCUGCCUCCCUUCUCUGCACCUGCCCCAUCUCAGGGACCAUGACGUCUCAUUCACUCCACGCUCCCCACAGGCCAGCCUGGCACAGGUCAUACCUGCUGCCCCCAGAAUGUCCUGGACAUGGGCCACCAGUGGCCCCAGUGUCCAUCCCCAUUCCCCUUCACCCGAGACUCUCCCUGCACAUGAAGUAGUACUGAAUUGGGUUGGGGAUGAGGAAUGAUUUCCCGCCCUCCCACCUGCAAAAUGCCUGCUCUUUACCUCCCAACUUUGUGGAGGGUAUUUGAAGCCCCAGCUGGGUCAGAGGUUCAAUCUUUUGGUUUAAGACUUCAGAGUCUUAGUCAAGUUUCAGCUAAGAGAUGCCCAGGUCCCCAGCUUGUCCUCAGCAGUCCUUCAGGGUUUCUUGUUCUUCAGUCAUCCUUCCUGAGACCCUAGAAAUUGAAGGAGCCAUACAAUCCAGUGGAAGGCGGUGGCUCUGGCUUCUGUGCUGGGAGCCCAGCGGGAACCUUCAUGCCUUAUUUAUUUCUAAUGGGUAAAGGGGUUUCUUAACAAGCAUACCUGACAUCCCUCAAACCUUGUUCUGGGCGGCACUGUGAUGUGAGCUGGCGGCUGGUCUUCUGUUUGUGCAACUUGGAACCUUUUGUCUUUUGGGGCUGGGCAGUUCCUAGCCCUCCGUAUGUCUCUGUCAUCUGGGGGAAGGGGUAAGCUCUGGCCUGUUUGCUCCCCAGCUCUGUAGCCGCCGACCAGCGUCUCCUUUGAAGUAUACGUGAGAGAAAUAUAUUUACAAAUGCUUUAUUCUCUUCUUUAAUAAAAAAUGCACCAGUAUUCUAAAAAGCAGAAA